AUGUCAGCGGCUCAAUCCCACUUCAAUAUCAAGGCCCUCCCUGCUGAUUUGCGUCCCGACCUUUUCCACAGAGGUGUUGGACCCGAACACGACUCAAACUUGCAAGCGUACUCUCUAAACCGUUCUCAUUACGACAACUCGGUUCUCGCGACGUCCCACCAACAAGGCUUCACAGACUCUGCCCUCUUCACCCACGACCUCGCCUUUUCCACCUACCAGGGGCUAAGAGAACGCUCGUCCAUUAGCUCUGCUGUUUCCGAGGAACAUGCACCAGGCUUAUAUGCCAGUCGACAGCGCCAGUCCAUCUCCUCAACCAUGGCAGACACCCAAGUGACAGCGCCGUCAAUCACAGCCCAUGCUCCCUACUUCGGCAACGCUGAUUCCAGCCGAGGAAGGUCCAGCGUGGACGGUUCAGAUGACGGGAGCCCAGAUGCCAACACACAUGGACACUCAUUAGAGGACCCGGUGUCGGACGAAUUUGGCUUGACUUCGCUUGGACCCGGUGACGGAACUGACUUGGGCGCCAAACACAAGGACGAUAAAUCCGACACCGCCCCGGCAUGGAGUGAGCUGAAAACCAAGGCUGGCAAAGAGCGCAAGAGAUUGCCUCUAGCAUGCAUCGCUUGCAGGAGGAAGAAGAUACGUUGCUCGGGUGAGAAGCCCGCCUGCAAACACUGCCUCCGCUCUCGGAUACCAUGUGUGUACAAGGUCACCGCCCGAAAGGCCGCACCACGGACAGACUACAUGGCCAUGCUCGACAAAAGACUCAAGAGGAUGGAGGAGCGAAUUAUCAAGAUCGUUCCUAAGAAUGAGCAGGACGGCAUUUCAUCCACUGUUCCGCGCGCAGUGGUGAAGCCUGCCAUCCCCGGCACUCUAUCAUCAGGCAAGGGGAACUCCAGAAAACGCGGGGCCGAGGAAGCCUUCGGGCAGGACCUUGACCAUUGGGCGAAGGUACCGGUGAAAUCAGGUCUCGAAAGCCCGCCAAGACCAACUUCAUUGAUGAUGGUGCACGAAUCUGAGGAAACCAAGUUGUUGCAGGAAGGUGUCCAGUCUUUGCCAUCCAGGGAGAUCCAAGAGCAUCUUGCAGACGUGUUUUUCGAGAGUGUGUACGGGCAAGCUUACCACAUACUCCACAAGCCAAGCUACAUGAGGAAGCUGAGGUAG